AUGAAAUCAUUCUUUUCAAACUUUACUAAAAGUUCAACAAACAAUAACAAUAGUCUAAAUAAUAAUAGUAGUGGUGUUGGUAAUAAUAACAAUAGCUCAUCUUCAUUAAGAGCAUCACUUCUGUCAACCAACUCUUUUGAUAGUUUUAAUUGUUUUGAUAAAGUUAGAAUUGCUGUAGUUGGUGAUACAACAGUAGGUAAAACAUCAUUAGUCAACCUUAUUUGUAAAAAUCAAGUUAUAGAUUCACCUUCAUGGACAUGUGGUUGUAAUACUGAUAUUAAAAUACAUGAAUAUCACUCUAAAGAUUAUUUUAUAGAGUUUCUAGACGUUGGUGGAUCAGCUAAAUACAAGAUAACAAGAUCGCUAUUCUACAGUGGUAUCAAUGGUUUAAUAGUUGUCUACGAUGUAACCAAUAAGAAUUCACUUUCAAAUGUUAAAAAAUGGAUAUUCGAAGUACUUAAUAAGAUUUCUACAUCUACAGCCAAUUGGCAACUAAAAGAAACAGAGAAUCCAAAGUUAUUGGAACUCGAAAACAUUGUACAUCAAAACAACAAAGCACCCAGCAUACCGCUACUCAUACUCGGUAACAAAUCGGAUCUCUAUCACGAUGGAAACUAUAUUGCAAACGAUAAACUUGGUAAAUUAAGUAUUUCUGUUAUAAUAUCGAAUAUGUUGGCGGGAUCGAAACGACGUACUCUUGGCGGUAUCUCUCAGGGUGUCUUUAGUUUCAACAUUGUUACACCAAGUACUAGUACGAAUCAUCAGAACAACAACUACAACAAUAACAACGCCAAGAAGAAUGGCGGUAUACAACAACCAACGGCUGCUGCCUCUGACUUUGGACCACAGGACUAUGAUCAUCUUAGCACACCACAAUCAACAAGCAUAACAACAUCAUCAUCAUCGACAAUAGAGAGACCACUCUAUUUAAAUCAUCAAAAUAUACAUUCAUUAUCACCAACACUUCCACUUACCAUACAUGAUUUGAAUAAUGAUAAUGAUCAUAGUAACGAUAAUAUCUUUUACAAUGAAAACUUUUCACCACCUAAUAAUAUUCCAUCCACAUCACUUCCAAUGUUUUUAUCAUCACACAACAACAAUAAUAACAAUAAUUAUAAUGAUAUAAAUACUGAAAUAACGAUAUCUCCUUUGAGAACACCACAUAGAACAAGAUCAACAUCGUUUGAAAGAAAAUGGAAUAAAUAA